AUGACGGACGUCCACCCCACCACCACGACGACCAACAUCUGUUUGGCAGAGCUGGUAAAUUUUGGUAUCCAUGCAGCUGUAGUGCAGAAAAGCGAGGGAUUUCCUCUGUUGCCUUCUUCAGAUUUAGUUAUGGCUGGAGAGUUACGGGCUUCCUUUGGAAUGAUGUGUCUGUGUCCUGAUUUAGGAUGUAAUUUUGCCGACGUCGCCGGAUCUAUCCAUAUGACUGGUGAACAGAGUGUCGAAGAAGACUCAGAUAGCCAAUCCAGUCCACCUGAAUCACUGACCAACGAUGAUUCCGACAACGAACCAAUGGAAGAUAUCCAGGAAGAAGUAGAUUAUCUGCCUCCAAACGAAAAUAACGUAGAAAAAGGGAGUUUUUUGCUGGUGAAAGUAUUAGGAGGUUCAAGGAAGAAAACCAACUAUAGAAACGUUGCCAUGGUCCAGAAUAUUUCCGAAGACGAAAUUGAAGUAUUAGGCAUGAAGUCUCUAGUAGAGGGGAAAAAGAUUUUCAAACUGUGGAGGAUGAUUUAUUCUCAAUUGACUUCUUCGACAUAA